UAAGGUCUUUCUUGUAACUGGUAUUGGCCGCUUUUUUGAUUUUGUUUUCCUCUCUAAAGAAGCAAGACCUAAGUGUAAGUAGCACAACAACUUCCACUCUUGGACUUUGUCGUCGCUUAUUCAUUUCGACCGAAACUCAUGGUUCAAGGCGCCAUCCGUGUGCCCUCCAAAAAGGAGAUCGAGUCCUCCUACGAAGAAGCGCUCCGUGCGGUGACGAAUUUCCAGUAUGCGCACCUGUCGCUGAUCGAGGAUCUUAUGCAAUGCAAAAGUAUCGUACUAGUAUGAAUUGCAUGACAAAUUUAUUUUUCUUAGAAGAAAAACGAAAUUUGUCAUGCAGAUUUAGCUAUAAAAAGCAGAUCUGUAAUGCUAGACUCGCGUUUAUACGAGUACUAUCCUUUUGCAAUGCAUAGAUCCAGAUGAGCAGCAACGCAGGUGGGAAAAGGAGCUGGCGCGGAACGCGUAUCUGGACCGACACGGGGGUGGAGCCACUUCUUCGGGAUCGGCGUCGGGGAACGAGAAUUACUCCACCGGGAAUGAGGAGUAUUUGCGGGCAAGGUAUACAAAGUAAAAGUACAUUGUAAAGCUGUGUAAGUACUACAAGGUAGUCUGCUCUGUUGAAGAAAGUUGCGAGUAGGAAGUUCUUUGUGAAGAUGCGGGGUUUGCGUGAUCUCAGAAAUAGUGUGCGCACCAGUCCUUUAUUUGCACAGCUGCAUCAAUGAAUAACGCGAAAAGAAAGUGAUGAUAUGAUCUUAUCACAGAUUCGGUCGUGCCGGCGAAACUACUACGACAGGCUACAACUCUUCGUCAUCCAGUAAGAAUUCAGGAAAUAAGCAACAGGCAGAAAUAGAUCCAACCGCGGCCUACAACGAGAAAGACAAAAAUGAAUACGAUCUGAAGAACCAGUCUCUUGCGGAGCGUUUUCGCAUGCGGCGCGACGACGCUUUGUCGUCGAUACAGAGGGACUCGAAAACACGGCGGAUUCGGUCGAAAUCGAACGGUAUCAAGUGGAAAAAUGUCUGGGUCUGGAAGAAUGCGCGACUUGUCAUGGUGCAGCUUUUCCAUGACCCAUGAGGUCUGGAAUGCAGGACUUAGCGUGACAGAUUCUGUGCGAUCUCUCUCAUGUCUAUCCUGCAUGAGAAACCCCCUCCCGACUUGGUCAUAAGUGGACGACUUUUGGUAGUCAUGCAACACAGAUUUUUGCAUGCUUCAGAUUUAGCAUGACAAGGUGCAUUCUUCCAGACCCAGACAUUUUUGCAUUUGAUAAACGGAUCUACCGCUACUUCCCCAGAUUGGGACAACGAUGUAAGAACAAGUGCACCAAAUGGAGGAAAAGGCUCGUAUCAGAAGGAGAAAAAGUCUUUUUCGAUUCUCGAAAAAUUCAAACACGACUGGGCGAAGUCGAAUCAGGAGCGGAAACUGCAGGAAAAGGAAGAUAAGGAGGAGAAGUUGCGGCGAGACAGCGAGAGGAGGAAGAAGUUGAAAUCCAACAACUCUUAUGGAUUGCAAAAAUGUCUGGGUCUGGAAGAUGCGAUGCUGUUUUUGCAUGACACAGAAGGUCUGGCAUGGCAGCCUUAGCAUCACAGAUUUCGAGAAGGUUCUGCAAUGCCUAAUCCGCAUGAAAAAUCCCCCACUUUGGUGACAAGAGGCGGGCAUCUUUUGCUGCCUAUGCAUGAGAGAUUUCUGUGUGUUGUGAAAUGCGCAUCACAACUUCACAUCCUUCCAGACCCAGACAUUUUUACAUUUGAUAACCCUGUAGCUGCGUGGGUGGAGUCGGAACGGAGGAAGAGGGAGUCCGGCAACGCCUACUGUAAGGAAAAAUCCCCCCUCCCCAUAUUGAAAACGUAUCUACUUCUGAAAAUUUGUGAUGCAGAUUUGUGGCCACAAAUCCUGACUGUCUUGCGAGAAGGUAAAUCAAGGCUCUCCGCCACUCUAUGCAGGCGAUUUGUAAUGCUGUAAGGACUACAGGGCAGCGGUCUACCAUGCUAUGCACCUACACCAAAAGGCCCCUAUCUAGGCUUGCGAUCUGCGUGCAGUCCUCUACAGCAAGACAAAUCUGAUUGGUGUACGCAAAUCCAGCAGCACAGAUUUCCUCUUCGAUAUGGGGAGGGGGGAUUUUUCCUUUUGAUAACGCCUUGGACCGAUUGCGGCAGAGACGACGGAAACGGGAGAGAAGGAAUCUGCUCGGGGUUGCGACUAGUUCUUCGAAGUCUGCGUCUACGCAUAAAUGCAAAAGUAUCGUACUUCUGCUUGUACUAGGAAAUCAAGUACGCGUCACGAGUUUCAGAGGCAAAAAUGAGAUUGUGUUGUCAUGCAGUUUUGAUGGUUACGUACUCGUUAAGAAGGCAGACCUGUGUCAUGCAUGGUCGUUCUUGCAGCAAGCAGUUGCAGGAUUAGUGCGAUAGUACUUUUGCACUGGAUAGCAUCAGAGCUGGAGCAACUUGGCUCGGAUAUCUCCGCGUCGGUGCAGACCGGCCAGUCACCGCUCUAUCCUGUGCAAAAGUAUCGUACUCGUAGUAAUUGCAAUCAUGCAUUACAAAUCUUCUUCUUAAGGUAAAUCCGCAUGACAAAUUUUAUUUCUCAUGCUGAGGAAAUUUGUCAUGCAUUUAUACGAGUGCGAUACUUAUUUUGCAUUGCAUACCCUCGACCAGCUGCCGAAUUACGACAAUCACGGCGAUUUGCUAGUGCAGCCAUCCCCAGCGACGGUGGUCCGCAACGAACUGUCCACGAUCGAGCGGAUCCUGAGCAAAAUAUCCUGUGCAAAAGUAUCGUACUCGUAUUGCAAUCAUGCAUUACAAAUCUUGUUCUUAAGCUGAAUCAGCAUUACAAAUUUUAUUUCUCAUGCUGAGGAAAUUUGUAAUGCAUUUAUACGAGUGCGAUACUUUUGCAGUUCAUACAAAAACGAAGAUGACGAAGCGAUCAAGAAGCACAACGACAUACCGGUGCACGAACUACAAGCGGAAGCGACCGUGCUUGGAACUACUGUGGCAGGAGAAGAUCUCCAUGGCAGAACUAGAGCCAACGAGGACGGCACAGCAGCCGAUGACAUCAACUACCCGCGACUGCACGAUAUCAAAUGCAAAAAUCUCUGGGUCUGGAAGGACGUAAUUUGUGAUGCGCAUUGCAGAUGAACAUACAUAGAAAAAUCUCUCAUGCAGCGUAGGUAGCAAAACCAAAAGCUGCCCAGUUUCUGUCACCAAACUGGGGGAUUUGUCAUGCCAGACCUUCUGUGCCAUGGAAAAAUAGCAUGACUCUUCCAGACCCAGACAUUUUUGCAUUUGAUACACGAGAAGGUCCGGCAAGAGUUUUUUCGCCCGAACGACCACAACGCAAGCGCAGAAGAGUUGGAGGAAGGCCAGAGGAAGAUGCUGCGAGUGCGGGAGGACGAAGACACGGAGCCGAUAGUCGUCGAGGACGAAAUAUCCUGUGCGAAAGCAUCGUACUCGUACUAAUCGCAUUUAUGCACCAUGACAAAUGUUUCUGUCAAGUUCAAUCCCCAUUACAAAUUUCAUUUCUCAUGCUGAGAAAAUUUGUCAUGCCUUUUCUACUAGAGCGAUGCUUUUGCAGUGCAUACGAACACCGGAACUUCUACCUGGUCGACCCGAGUACCGACCGGCUGGCGAGCGAGUUGGUGAUUGCGCCGCCGGGGGCAGAUGUUGAUCAUUCUCAAAGAGGUGGUGUCAAUGUCUAUCCGCCGUACCCAAUUACCUAUCUAUCAAAUGUAAAAAUGUCUGGGUCUGGGAGAUUGCGAGAUUUGUCAUUGUAGUCUGGCAUGACUCUUAAAUCUGUCAUGCACGUUUCCCAAGACCCCCAUUUUGCUGUCAUGCAGAGACGCAGUUUGUCAUGCAGAAUAAGCAAAACCUAGAAGCUCAAAAGGUUGUCAUGCUGAGCCAGCAUUUGUGGCCUCUUCAUGAUACGCCACCCAGCAUCACAAGUUUCCAGACCCAGACAUUUUUACAAUCCAUACUAUCCCGAGGACGACGAAUUGGCCAUGGUUGCCGGGUACGUCGUAUCAAAUGUAAAAAUGUCUGGGUCUGGAAGAUUCUGAGACUAGUCAUGCAUGUUUUGCAUUGGCCACGAUGUCCGUGAUGCAUGCCCUAGCAUCACAGCUUUUUUGAGGGCUUCGCGAUGCCUAAUCCGCAUGACAAAUGCCCUCUCCGCGUAGCAAAAAUUGCAUUCCCUUGGCUGCUCAUGCAAGACAGAUUUUUUUGGAAUCCACAUGCAGCAUAACAAGUUCGAACCUUCCAGACCCAGACAUUUUUACAGUUGAUACGUCGGGGUCACGGACAGCAAGCCAGUCCGCGUGAGGAUAAACAGCAACGCGGAUAAUUUAGUGGUCUCUCAAGAACAUCAGCAAGAGCGGCAACAGCAACGUUCGAGAGGAUCCGAAUCUGCAGGUGGUACCAUUCUCGCGGCCCCAGCGAGAAAAGAGCAAAUUACUUUGGAAACGCCGGUGGAAGAACCUACGCAAGAACCCAGUUCCUCUUCCUUGCGGGAAGCAGCGUUGAGUAGUGCGCAGACCGCGCCUGGCUCGACAGGUGUCGCACAAGCAGACGGAACUGCAACAGCGGCAAAUAUUAAGGUGGAGCAAGCGUCACAGGCAGUGCAAGUCGACUUCACACGACAUCCGGGGACGCCAGUCACGAAAGGGUCGGCGAGAAACAACCUUUUCGACACUACCAGCAGCCAACAAGGAUUAACGUCAAUAACAUCCUCUUCCAAAAAGGUAAAACAAUUUUCCCGACCGCCCUCCCCGGGGAUAACCGUUCCCCGCGUCUCUGCGCCGGAUGUUUCCUCCCUGCGCGCGCGAGCAAAGAACGUCGUGAAAAACGAUGCGGAAACGUUGAAGCAGAUCGCUGUUGAUGCGAAGAAAGCGCGGGAGGCGACAAAAAAGACCUACACGGAGAUGCAGCAGCUGGAGCAAGACAAGAUGUUUUUGUUUGAAACAGGGAGGUAUAACAAUUCCCCGACCGCAGCAGUGUCGCUGGCGACGAAAAAACUGAUCGCGGAAACGACCACAAAGGGUAAUACAAGUAGCGGGACAGGAGGAACAUCACGACCAGCAACAACUGGUGCACAGAACAUCAAGACAACGAAGGAAGGCUUCGCGAAAGAACAGCAAGAUGGAAAGGUGCCUGCGACGAACAGCGCGACUAAUUUCGGGAAUACCGAAGUUCUUCCGAAGCAACAGCAACAUCCGGCGUUGUUCAUCUCCGAAGCUGCGCAGUCGAGCAUGGACGGAACAUCAAGGAGCUUCAAUGCGGAAAGCAUAGCAACUGCCGGCACGCAACCGCAACUGCCGCAAAACCGGUUCGAAGAGCCGUUGGAGUUUGUUUCAGCUGCAAGAGGUUCCAGUUCUAGCACGCCAACUCUUAAGGAGCAACUUUCUGUUCCGGCUUCGCCGCCCCGGAUUUUCCAACCCAGUCCAACAGCAGAGGAGUUUGCGGAGAAGCAGGAGAUGCUCCUGCUGGAGCACGACAGAAAUCUCGCGGAAAAGCGAGUGUUGUUAUGCACUGCAAAAGUAUCGUACUCGUAGUAAUUGCAGGUAUGCAUUACAAAUUUCCGUUCCAAGGUGAAACAGGAUGACAAAUUCCAUUUGUCAUGCUGAGCUAAUUUGUAAUGCAAUUACUACUAACAGAUACGAUGCUUUUGCACAGGAUAGCUGUCGGAAAUGGACAACAAAAAGCAGAGUUCCACAGUGGGAAAGGAAUUGCGGUCCGUGUACGAUUUGGACGGGCGGUGGAGCUCGGAUUCGGGACUCGACAUUGUCGUGCGGGACGGGAUCUGCACCUGGCUGAAUCUACCGCCGCAGGAAGGUACUUAGUACGAGGAUACUAGCGUCCUUGUGAUAAAUGUUUUUGACAGGGGACGUUUUCGAUGUUCACUGCGUGUAGCGAUUUGUUCAUCCUUGUAGUCAUGUUCAACUAGAUCCCUUGACAAAAAAAGAUGCAACCUCUUCCAGGUAGCCAAGGGCCCCCUUCCGUGGCUUUCACAUCUCGCCAAACGCUUGCGAUCGACGGGGACGAGUACGAAAUUCAGCGGGUGGACUACUUCGAGAACAUUGUGUGCGGUUUAAAGUGGUCGGACAAUGAUUACUGGCACCGGGAAGAGCGGGAACUGCACCAGCUUGUCGCCGAACAGCUGAAGCUCCAGCAAUUGGAAGUCGACGACCGAGACCAAAAGAUUCUGAGUUCAACAAGUUUCAAUCCCAACCUCCGACUCCCGCCAGGCCCGCCCUCCGCGCACGAGCGGCGGAUGAAGAAAAACCGAAACUUUUUCGUUUCCGAAUCCACCCCGGCCCUCGCGCGGGAAGCGCGGCUGGACGCGAAAAAGUUGAGGAAUUACCUGAUCUAUGCAAUGCAAAAUCAUCGUACUAGUAUAAAUCGCAUGACAAAUUCCCUCAGCAUGAAAAUUGGAAUUUGUAAUGCGGAUUUCGAUUAAGAGGGAGAUUUGUAAUGCAUGAUUGCGAUUACUACGAGACUUUUGCACAGGAUAUGAUCGAAGAGGCCGCGGAGGCAAUGAGCUCGAAGAACCAGAUAUGAAAGUGCACAACUCCCCCUUCCCCCAUUUGUAUGGCAUGGACAGCAAUACGAACACCACCACAUGUGGAGCCUAUGCAUGGCAAAUUAAUGCGCCUAGUGUAGUACUGUUUGGGCUUCCGGAAUCUGUGAUGCAAAUAGUGCCACAGGGACGCGCUUGGAUUUGGGGUUUUGCAUCACAAAUGAGGGGGAGGGGGAGUUGUGCACAUUCAUACCAGAGGGCGGCACGAAAGAAGGCAAUGGAAUUGAGGAUGAGAGCAGAUCGCAUGAACGCCAUCGUGCACGGGUCCAGACUGCCGAUGCGGGCGCAUAGUAUUGAUAAAUUGUAAUUGAUUGUUAUUUUUCACGACCACGAGAUGGAGAUGGUAUGUGCGUUGAAGUUGAAGUCGUCACUAUCACUAAGUACCUAUCACGCAUGACAAACUCGGAAAAAUUAAUCGUGAAGAUAAUUCGACCAUGCUUCAUUAUCCAGGUACGAAAAAAACGGACGUUCUCGCCCUGUAUCAGCAGUCCAAGAAUGUCUGGGAUUCUUUUCCGACGCUAAAGUACCAAGACCCGCAUCUGAUCAAGACAGAGAGGAUGAAAAAGAAGGUACUACACUCAUAUGCAAGAACUACUACAGAUGAGUUCACGAUCAGCCCUGCCUUGUUUGUCUUUGUCAUGCGAUCACGAUAAUCUCGAAAGCGACAGAAAGCCUAGUACCCAUGCAAAAAGUGAAAUCACAACAAAUCUAACAGCCCGGCACCUCCACCACGACCACGGCUAUUCCGAAAGCCAAGCCCUUCUUUGCCGACGGGUUUUUCUUGUCGCGCGACACCUUUGCAACCGCGAAUCGCAAACAGGCGAAAAAAAAGCAGGAGAAAAAGAAAGUCCUGACGAACAGUUUCAGCAGGCCGACCGUUUUUGGACAAGAUGCGGAGGACUGAGGAGGCCGUGGUGGGGCGCGAAAAGGUCGGCUUCGGUAGUUGCCAUUUAGAGAACUAGACACAGAUCAUGAGCUUGCUCUCUACACUAGGCUCGGCCUUGGAGCGCAGGCGAAAGUUUAUGAGAGAACUUCCCUAUCCUGAACGAAAAACAGUUACUCUGAGUGGUCUGAUACGAAGUGACCGCUACGUAAAUUAAGAAGUUGAUACUUAACACGUUAUCUUCACAACCGUAAUUAAUACUAGACUGUCAGCUGAAUGCGUUUAUUUCAAAUGAAGGCAGUAGAUUUUUGAAAAUCAAAAUGCUGGACGAGGUGUAUGAUUUCUGCAAGAUUUGUUUCGAACGAAAACGAAUGCACCGCUGCCAACUUGAACUUGACUUUGAACUGCACUUUUCCGGACAAUUUGUCUAUUUCCACUAACAGUUCUUGAAUGAUA